CAUACAUUAAUGUUAUAAAUUCGUAUAAAAUUUUUAAAAAAAAAUUUCAUAUAUAUUUUAACAAUAUGCAAGAAGUUUGUAAUAGUAUCGAAUCAAUUGCUGUUGGGCCACAGAUUAAAUCUGAAGCUGCAUAUUUAUCAAUACAUGCAGCACAACAACAACAACAACAAGCUGUAUCACAACAAACACCAAAUACACCAUUAACAGUAAAUAAUGUUAAUUCACAAAAUAAUAAAAUUAGUGGAAAAAUCUGUGAUAAAAAACCGAUCAGUGAUACUUCAUCAUAUUGGAUGGCACCAGAAAGUGGUUUUAUAAAUUCACAACCAUCGAUGGCUGAAUUUUUAGAUCAUUUAAGUCCAGCUAGCUCAAAAAUUUCAGAUUCUGGUGCAUAUCAAUCUACAAUAUCAACGGAUAAUAUAGAUUCAGUGCCAGAAUAUCCAUGGAUGAAAGAAAAGAAAACUUCAAAAAAAAAUAAUAGUCAAGCCAUGGUGGGAUUCGAUUCGAUGUCCUCACGUGUUGAAGCUGAAUUUGUUCAAGAAAAUGGUUUACCUAGAAGACUGCGAACCGCUUAUACAAAUACACAAUUGCUUGAAUUAGAAAAAGAAUUCCAUUUUAAUAAAUAUUUAUGUAGACCAAGAAGAAUUGAAAUAGCUGCCAGUCUGGAUCUUACCGAAAGACAAGUAAAAGUUUGGUUUCAAAAUAGACGAAUGAAACACAAACGACAAACAUUAUCGAAAACUGAUGAUGAAGAUAACAAGGAUAGUUUAAAAGGUGAUGAUAACAAUCCGUCUGAUAGCAAUUCAAAUUCAAAAAAAUCUUGCCAAGGAUGUGAACUACCAUCGGAUGAUAUACCAGAUUCAACAUCGAAUUCUCGUGGGCAUAAUAACAAUACACCAAGUGCUGCUAACAAUAAUCCGCGUACAAGAAAUUCAACACCUACAUCAUCUUUAGAAUUGGGAAGUACUACUAGUCGUACAGGAACAAAUAUUAUAACUGCCGAUUCAAGUGUGGUAUCUAGUGUCAGUUUAGAUGAUGAAGAUGAAAAGUUUUCUGAAAAAGAAAAAGAUUUGGAUGAAAAUAAUAUAAUGAAAAACGAAGUAGUUUCAACAUCAUCAAAAACAUCAUUUACAAAAUAUGAAGUAUUUCGUAAAGAUUUUGUUGAUAUGCCACCACAAACGCCACCAAAUAAAAUUCCUACACCACAUUUACAAAAUUCUUUACCGAUAACCGUCGGAACAUCAACAAUAAAUAAAAAUUCAGCAAAUUCACCAACAUGCCAUAUCAAAAGGACCAAUAAUUCAAAUUCAACAAAUAAUUUUAUAAAAAAUAACAACAACAAUAAUAAUGAUUUAAUACAACAUCAAAAUACAACUGAAGGAAAUUUUACAACAUCAUCUGGUGGUUAUUAUCCAAAUUCAAAACAUAAUUUUAAUAGUCAUCAACAUGAAUAUUAUAAACGUGAACCAGAAUUUUCUCCAACACAUUAUUAUAAAUUAAUAAAUAAUAAUCAAGGUCAAUGUGAAUUUCCAGUUCCAGUUCCAAAAUCAGAAUUAGGAAUGUCAUAUACAUUUAAUAAUUCAAAAUCAACAACUGGUAAUACAACAGUUGGUGAUAUUAAUUCCAGAUCAUAUCAAAUAAAUUAUCAUGGCCCAAAUUCAAAUAAUAAUUAUUAUCCAAAUUCACAUGAACCAAAUUGUAAUAAUAAUAUUCAAUACAACAACCAAUUAUAUCAUAAUCAUGAAAAUCAAAUACAUGCAGCAACUGGAGUUAAUAAAAGUGGUGUUGGUGGAAAUUGUUAUCAAAAUAAUUAUUAUGAUGGUAUAGCUGCUGAUGCAAGUGGAAAUUGUUAUCAAAAUAAUUAUUAUGAGAAUAUGAAUAAUGAAUAUAUAGGUAAUGCAAAUGAAUAUAUCAAUUAUUAUGAUGAACAACAUUUACCACAACCAGAAAAUAAUAUGCAUCAUCAUAUUCAAAAUAAUCAAUAUAAUUCAGCUGCAGCUGCUGCAGCAGCAGCCGCAGCACAUCGUUCACAUUAUCUUGCUAAUUCAAAUAUUAUAAAUGGGCCCAAUCAUCAUCAUCAUCAACAGCAUUCAACGACAUCAAAUCCAAAUCCAUCAGAAACUGUUGAACCGGCAACUGAUUUUAAUUUUUUAAGUAGUUUAGCAAAUGAUUUCGUUCCCGAAUAUUAUCAAUUAAGUUAGUAGAAUUAAUUACUCUUCAAUGUUAUUCUUAUUAUUAUUAUUAUUAAAAUUAUUAUUAUUAUCAUUAUUAUUAAAUAUUAUGAAUUAAAUUAGAAUUUAACUUUAGAAAUAUUAUAAAUACAAAAUUAUUAAACGUGUAUAUUUUUAAAUAUGCACAUUAAAAAAAAAAUUUAAUCUUAGUGG